UUUGUUAAAAUAUUUUUCGGGGUCGACCUCGACUGGAAUUAUUGUAUUUGUUUUUCGAUUCGAUAUUUGUCGUAGCUUCGAUUCUUCAAGUUCUUUCAUGACCUUUUUUUAUCAAAACAACCCACAACAACGCACUGACACUUAGAAGAAGGUACUAAUCCACGAAGUUUGCCGCUCGCCGCCUCAGAGACUUGAUGGAAGUCCUCGCUACAAUUUCACUCCAUAGAAAUACUGAUCUUAGAAAGUCCUAGGCUCCUCGUAUUAUUGUAUUUGUUUUUCGAUUCGAUAUUUGUAUUGUUGGCUGCUAUUGUAUUUGCGCAGCGAACAGUUGUAUGACUAGUAAAGUAUAGUACUUUUGUUUUUACUUGGGAGGAUGUCAUAAAAUAGGUGCUGCUUUUCUUAGGUGUCAGUCACCAUAAUGAAUAGCUGCUUGCAGGUCGGCGUUGAGCUACUGCUCGUCCACAACGCUGUGUACAACCCGGGCAACUACAAAAAGGUCGUCGAACUGCCAGUAAAAAAGGGACCGCCACAAAUUGAACUCAAGAAGGUAACUACAUGCACUGCAGGCAUGACUCCAAAUUGAACUCAAGGCAUAACUAGAUGCACUGCAGGCAUAACUCUCAGUUCUUGCGGGCGGGUAGUCUGUGCCUUUAUCAAGCUUCUCCAAGUUUGUCGACAUCCCGAAUCAUUUGAUCUUCUGCUAGUAUGCAUAUUGUGCCUUGUUCUGUUUUUGAACAUCGAAGCUGGAAUCGAUCUUGUCGUGUUUCUCCUCAUUACUCAGUUUAUCGAAAUCUGUUUUUGGUGAUUUUUGUUUUUCAUCGGUCGUUCAGCUGUAAUAAAGAUCUCAACAGUUCACUACAGUUUUUUUAUCCUACCUACUUGCCUUACCAAAGGAUAUCAACAAGAAUCUUUGGUCAUGCAUUUCGAUUUCCACCAUUUUGUUUUUUCCAAUCGGUGUUUUUCAUGUUUUUGUUGGCUGGUUUUCUGACCCCACCCGCCCGUUGCGAUUUCUGCCUGUACCCCAUGAAUGGGCUAAGUUGUAAUACUACGUGCUACUGCUCCUGGCUUGAUUCCACUCCUACUACCAUUAAGGCUGCCGUCCGCUGAAGCACUCUCAGUAUCAUCCCUGGUCUCUUUUUCAAGGCACGACUGCUGUGACUCGGCCACGAGAGAAAAGAAUAGGGAUGCUUUCAGGGAUGCGAACGAGGUAGCUCUAAUAGUACUGGCUUGAUUUUUUAUCCAUUUUUCACUGCAUAGGUGUGUGUGUCUACACCAGAGAGCUAGAUUCUGUUUGGAUAGGUAAGGGAGCUUCUUGCAGUAACUUAUCGAUUCCCAUGACUUAAAUUUAUUAUCUCUUAUGGUACUGAGCUAGGUGUCCGGGGGAGCUUGAUUACUUGAUGAUUGAUGGAAAAUGCAACAUGCAGUUAAUUUCUUCCCUAGUAGCUCCUUCUAUCUCCAUUUAUGAUCUUCGUGAAUGCUCAACACCUCUCUGUAGAUGAAUAGAUUUCUUCAUGAUCUUUUUUCAUGAUCCUUCAUCAAAGACCGUCUUGCAACUAAUUAGAGAUGCGACACCCCGCGAGUGGGUAGUACAUCAAUCAAGCAAUCAAUAUGCCAACCAAUGUCCUCGGUAAAGUUGUACAUGGAGGAACGAUUGAGUCAUGCUGGCAAGGAAAUAAGCGCUCACCCUCCAGUGCGAUGCCACUGACUUUGAGGUGUAUGCUUAUGUCUUCUGAUGUAGUCAUCUGUCUUCAACAUUUCUCUUCGCGUUCUUAGAAACUUGCAAUUGUAAUCCCGGAACGAGAAGAGCACUGACUGACCUGAGACCCACGACAACAUGGACCCGAAUUGUGAAAUGAAAAGAGUGAAAAUUGUAGGAAGAAUAGGCAACAUUACAUCUACUUAUGAUAUUGGAUGAAUAUACGAUCGCAGAAGACCCGUGGUACUUACCAUACUGGGUACUUACUGUUUUUACCAUAGCAGGCCUUCAACAUGACGGCACUCAAUUGUAGGCCAGUAUCGAAGGAGG